AUGGAUGCACCUGUGGCAGCACAGAUUUCACAGGCAGAUAUUAUUGAGCGUCAAGCUGAGACCAUUGCACGACUUGAACGACAGGUGCAAAAGGGUAUUGAUUACAAGCAAUUGACGAAAUCAAAGCUCAAGGAAGCAGCAGCUCGAUUAAAAGACUAUCGUCUCCAUGUUGAAACGUUGCUAAAAGAAGUAAAAACUUUGAAAAACCAGCUAAAUGUGGCAAAAAAACGGUCUAAAACCGUUGAAAAACCGUGUAAAAACACAUUUAAGUCGCACGUAAAACCAGCAAAACAACCGGUUCAAACUGUAGCCACGCAGACACAUGAGGACCAAGAUAUUGUUACAUCUACCAAUGCGACAUUAUUAACAGGACAAGGAGAUGAACAAGUGAAGAAAAAGAAGAAGAUGGAGACGUUCAUGUUUCGAAAAAGAGGACGAGACCGAAAAGUAGCCAUGUCACGACCUGAUCAAGUGGAUACAUUUGUCCCAAUCCUUUCAAGACAGUCCAAUGAAGACACAAAACAUAUUAAAGACAUUGAUUGUAAUGUACAACAAGGGCCAAGGAAUGAGGUAGCAAUGGACAAGUCAAUGGGUACAUUAUUUAUGUUUCAAGAAACAAGUGCAGCAUUAGAUGCAGAAUUAGCCAUGAGUGAUUCAGAGGAUAUGAGUCAUGAGACAAGAGAGGUUUUGGAGAUGAAAUGUACACAAGAGGAGGAUACUGAGAGACAAUGGAGUGUAUUGAAUCAAUCAUCAGUGGUGGACGAAAUAAACAAGGAGCUGGAGAUGAGUUGUGAUGAUGAUAUUGAACCGGUUCUGAUUGACAAAAAUGAACAGUUCUUACGACUUCAGGGUGUUGAUGAGACAGUUUUUUGUGAUAUGAAAAAGAAGGUGGACUCUAGCAGUGUAGAGCAUGAAGGGCAAAGACAAACAGGUGUCGCACACGCAGCGAAGAACGUGAAUAAUGGGCGGAUAGGAGGAAGGAACGGACAUGGUGCUGGAAAUAAACCUGCUGUAUUGCCGGACUUUGAUUCUGCAAUUUCCAACGCUAUUGACAAGGAUUUGGAAUCAAGCAGUGACGAAGAAAACAGCGGCCAUGUAGGAGAUAUUUCCGACGAAAAACAUGCUGAGCAAACAAAUUCAGCACGACAAGAUGUUACUGAUGUUUCUCAAAGCAAAAAACGGGUUGUGACGUCUAUUGACGAUGCACUAGACGAUGAGUUUGCAGCACUAGAUGCAGACUCUGACAUAGAGAAUCACGGAAAGGUUGACAGUUCUCGUUCCAGUGGUUCAAGCAGUGAUAGUAACUUGAGCAGUGGCAGUGACAGCAAUGGAAAUGACCCCGCGGCUAAUCGAGUGGAUAAUGUUGCUGAGAAUAAAACAGUAGUUGAGGAAAAGGUCGGUGUAAAAACAACAGCAUUGCAAGUCAAGAAGGACAGUAAGUCAGGAGUAUCUUUGCCUAUUGACCAAGAUGCAGUUGUUCCUACAACUACAGCUGAAAAGAAUGUUGUCACCAUAUUUGAAGACGAGUACGCCCCGUCAUUUGAUGCAGACAUGACGAUACAAAAUCACGAACGUAUGCAUCUGGAUCUUAGUACAGAAGCACUGAUCGAUACAAUGGAGAAAAACCCGACCAGCAUUGCUGUGGACUCUCAGCCAAGUCGUGUCCAGAAAUCAGUUUCUAGCUCCAUCCAGCCGAGUGAUAAUGUCAGUGACGAUACGAGUGGCACUGUGGUCCAUGACAGUCAAACUUCGUCGGGCGAUACAACCUCAUCCAAAGUACCAAUGAAAUCAGGCUUAAUGAAACUCUCCUGCAGCAUGAACAAACCAACUAAAUUGAAGCUAGAUCCUACUAUGAGUUGUGAACAGCCUUCAGAUCACGCCUCAGUUGAUUUUCCGGUUACGCCGAUAGAUUCUGGUGAGCAUAGUGCUGAAGCUUAUCAUGCAGAUACACACUUUUUCAGCAUUCGCCCUGCGACUGAAGUUUGCACGAUUGGAAAUUCCCGAAAAGCAGAUGACGCAAAUAUGGAGUUACCUCAAAGCGCUUCACACAAGAAAAUGAAACUGAACAAUGCUUCUGGACAAGCUGAAGUUAUGCCACUGACUAAAUCGGUUAAGGCUGACAAGAAAAAGAAGAGUGCAACCACAGCCGAGGCCAAGGAAGAGCUGCGGUUAAAGAAAUCGUUGUCAACAUUUAAGCAAGCCAUUGUAUUGGGUAAGGGCGAAAAACCUGACAAUGGAUAUACUAGGCGAACUCUUGCUGUGCUGGUGAACUCGAGCUCCAAGUUUGUUGAUGCGCAUCUUGACCACGUGAUAGCCUUGUGUCGAGCUCUGGCCGAUGCGUAUCGUGCGCUGGAAAUCUCUUCAAUGUUUGUGGUAAGUGGAUCGCUCAGUCUCUUUCGAUCCCCGCGAUCUCGUCGUUUGAUGCAGGAAAGCAGAAGAAGUUUGAGCUGGCUUUGCAGUCAAGUGUUGACACGAGUUCUGUGCAGCGGCAAUGAAGAGAUGGAGCGAGAUGGAUCACCUGAAUCAUUGUGUUUGUCAUUGGUUGACGAGUGUUUGUUGCAUCUUCAAGGUUUUUUGGUCGAAAAGCGUACAAAUAUUGGGGCGCUUUUGUCAGAGAACAAUGAGCAGUUGCAAGUUACAACACGACAGGCCAACAUCAGCCACAACAAAGUGUUUUUGGUGCACAUCUGUGCCCUCCACACGCAUCUAUGCCGAUCAACUGGCCAACUUGUUCGUUCGCGAGUGCUGCUCUUCGAUCUAUUGCGAGAUAACCCAAACAUCAGAGGUUUGUACUUUGCAAUGGCGAUGUUGGAGAUUUACCCAGCUAUCCUGGAGCGUAAGUUCGACCAAAACUGCAUUGAGCGAGAGGGGAUUCUAAACGAGACCUUGCAGCGGACUUUGGUAGUAAUCUCAGGCAUUGCUGCUGCAAAUGAACAGCUUCUGUUGCGCCAGUCAAGUAUCACGAUGCUUCACACUAUUGCUGAUGCAAUCCAGAUGCCUGAGCUAGAGAAUGUAGAUGGUAACGAUUUCAGCUUCCAGCGCACUGGCGUGGAAAAACUUCUCGAUAUGGUUGUUGUUCUUUGUCAAUCAUCAAAAUCUGAACAUCAAGUAAAUGGAAUCCGAAAUCUCUUAUCAGCUGAUUACUUUGAGCUUGUUAAGAGUAUGGAGAUAUGCACAGCAGUAUACGGUGUCGACCUCGUCACGGAGAUCUUCAAUAUUGAACGGUGUCAAGAACUUUUUGGCACAACAAACGUCGAGAACAAGAUCGGCGUCAUGCAUCUCGUUGGCCAUGUUGCGAUGGGUAUUGCGUCGAAAAUGAACGUGCAUUGCUCAGGGACUAGAAGCGAGGAGUACAUUGAGAGCGUCAUUGACUGGAUGUGCCAUGUUCUAUCUACUGACGAGAAUUCUUCAUUAGAGGAUCAUUUUAGGCUGACGUUCGGGUGUUCAACAAUAUCUGUCGAGCUGGUUUUGGAAUGCUCGCCUGCUAUAAGAUUAAAAUCUCGACGGCGACUGCUGUGUACGGUGGUUCGUUGGUUUGACGCAAUGCCGUCAGAUCAGCUGAUCGGUUUGCCAGCUACAUUUUUGAGGCGACUUCGCCUAGCUGUGGUUGCUGCACGACCAUAG